AAAAAUAAUAAUAAUAAUAAAAUUCAAACACCCUCGUAAGCAUCUCUCCGACCAAUUGAUGCGGCAGCCAUUUUCUCCAAUUCCUAUAUUGCAACCACACGAUGUCUGAACCACCACUAUAACAACAGCAGUAAAAAUAGCAACACGGAUAAAUCAAAGAGUCUGUCCGAAGAAUUAAGCCCCUUCGUGGGCCUCACUGCCCUGAUCAUUCCAAAGUCAAUCCUUUUCUAAACACCUUGGGCUACAAGCCCACGACUCCUACAAAAGAAUCAUACUCCAAACUGCGAUCUGCUUCUUCAUUUACUCAUCUCCAUCCCCCAUUUUCUCUUCCCAAAAAAAAAGAAAAAAGAAAAGGCAGAUAGAUGAAUAACUUUUCACUCGCGCGUCCAACAACCUUCGUUUCAAAUAUGCGUAUAUAGUUUCUUAUUGGCGUUGUUACCGUGCCAGCUCUCUGAUAAAUAUAGCAACUUUUCUUAGCUUUUUCCCUUUUGUUUUAGUAACCACGUUCAUGAAGAUCGCCUUUCAUUCGAUUCAAUUAUGACGACCCACAACCAAAACUCUAUCUUCAGCAAUCAUGGCGGCUGGGUUCUCUGCUUCUUGUUUCUCUUUGUGUCUCACAUGUCACUUCAGGCCACCGGGCAGCAGACCGCAAUACCGCCGCCCAGAGUAACCGAAGAGAGCAACGCGCCCAAAUUCAACCUCAAAAUGGCCAUCGUCAUGGUCCUCCUCGUCACCAUCUUCUUCAUCCUCGGCUUCGUCUCCGUCUACACCCGCCAGUGUACCCAGAACCGUCUACGAGGCCGCGCUGACCUCGCACGCGGUGGCAUGGCGCGUGGGCUCGACCCCGAUGUCAUCGAGACCUUCCCGACUUUCGUGUACUCCACCGUCAAAGAGCACAAGAUCGGCAGUGGUGCUCUGGAAUGUGCGGUCUGCCUCAACGAGUUCCAGGACGACGAAACGCUGCGUUUGAUCCCCAAGUGCGACCACGUGUUCCACCCCGAUUGCAUCGACAUGUGGUUGAUAACCAAUUCCACGUGUCCGGUUUGUCGAACGAACUUGGUCCCCAACCCGGGUGAAUCGCCCUAUGCUAUUCCCGAUGAAUUAUUGGAGAAGCUGGAAAACGAAGCGGAUCAACCCGAUCUGAAAACCGACAGCGAUGAACCAUCACCACCACCGAGGCGUCAAGUGUCGGUUCGUGUCGCCGUUGACGAUCAGCGUACAGACAAUAUGGAGGCGGUCAAUCAGGGGCUUCCACCUAGAUCAAGAUCAACGGGAUUUGGACCACCAAGAUCGACAUCGUCGGGUUGGCGAUUCAGUGGAUUAUUUCCUCGGUCUCAGUCAACGGGACACUCGCUUGUUAGACCCGGCGAGAAUAUCGAGAAGUACACGCUUAAGUUACCGGAUGAGGUACGGAAUAAGCUACUGACCUCGGCUUUGAACCGGACGAGAAGUGGCAGCACAGCGUUUCCUCGGGUUGGGAGCUCCAGGAGAGGUUAUAGGAGUCAAAGUGUACGAACCGGCCGCCAAAACGGCAAUAGCACUCACUACGACCGGUUCGAGGGGAACGCCCAGUCCGACCGGUGGCAAUUCUCGAUGGCCCCGCCUUUUAUUUUUCGUAGCUCUUCGGUUAGGUCUUCGACGACGGGAGGUGAUGUCGUGGAAAGUCGUCAGCAAUCCGAUGUGCCUGAGUCUAACAGACCACCGUUGGAUCGUAAACGUAUACGUAAGCACGAAGGUGGUGAGCGGUCAACGGAUCAGCUCCGACCCGAAGAUUUGGUUUAGAAACUACGGUUUGGUGAUUUGGCACCGGAAUUUACGCAUGUGAGGUUUUUUGUACAUAGCAUUUUUUUUUCCAAUUUUUUUUUUCCGCUUUUAAUUUAGAAGAGUUAUUUAUUGGGAAAAAAAAAAGAUUUAGAAUUUGUUAAAUUUAAAAUUUAAAAAUUGUGUGAGUCAUAAACCAAACAGAAUUGGGGAAAUUAUAGAAUAUCUGUAUACUUUCGAUGUAAUAUAAAAUGGACGCAGCAAUUCCUGGAA